AUGGGAAAGUCGGCUCAAGUUAGAGUCAUUGACAACAUACCCGUCUUGGGUUUGAGCGAAGAAGACGCAGCUUUCUAUAACAGCAUAACAGAAAAACAAAGGAAGACAAUUAUCAGAAAGGUCGAUUUGCGUCUGGUACCCAUGCUAGCGAUUCUAUACCUUAUCUCGCAGCUUGAUCGCGCAAAUAUCGGCAAUGCAAAGAUUGAAGGUCUUUCUGAAGACCUUCACCUCGUCGGAAACCAGUAUAAUGUUGUAUUGGCUCUUUUCUUCAUCCCAUACAUCUUGCUUGAAGUUCCCAGCAAUGUGUUGUUGAGGAAGUUUAGGCCCUCAGUCUAUCUUGGUUCGCUCGUCACACUCUGGGGAAUUAUCAUGACUAUGCACGGUGUUGUCAAUAACUUCGGCGGUUUACUCGCUGUGCGACUCCUUCUCGGUGUCUUUGAAGCUGGGUUUUAUCCUGGCGCGGUUUAUCUCUGCGCAUUUUGGUACAUGCCUAAAGAGCUUGCCACCAGAAUUGCAUACUUCUACUGUACCAGUGCUUUAUCUGGUGCAUUCUCUGGUCUGUUGGCUGCAGCAAUUGCUCUGAUGGAUGGGGUUGGUGGUUAUGAAGGAUGGCGGUGGAUAUUUCUCCUCGAGGGCAUUGCUACCACUUUACUUGGCGUGCUUUGUUUCUUCUUUCUUGUUGAUUCUCCGUCACUUUCCAGUGGAUGGCUAUCUCCCGGUGAGAUCAGAUUUCUCGAACUCCAAACAUUUGUGAAGCAAGGUGGGCGUUUCUCGGAGCAGCACUCUGAUAAAAGAUUCAACUGGUACGAAUUCAAAAUGGUGCUUACCAACUGGAGGCUUUAUCUUCAAGCCUACAUUUUGCUGUGCAUUUCAGCCUGCUCCUACGGAACUAAAUUUACUCUUCCUUCAAUUAUCAAGGCAAUGGGAUUUACCAACAACACAAUCGCACAGCUUAUGACAGUACCUGCUUAUGUGGCAGGAGGCAUUUCUUCUAUUCUCUUUGCCUACUUGUCCGAUCGCUUUCUGUGGCGGAUGCCCUUCAUUGCUGCUCCUAUGUUGCUCAUCACCAUCGGGUACGCCGUGGUGAUGGGAUUCAACGGAAAACUAGGAGGAAGCCAUACAGGGCCAGGAUAUUUUGCUCUUGUAUUGACGUGCAUGGGUAUCUAUCCUGUCCAUCCGUCUGCUACCAGUUGGGCGGCCAACAACCUGGCUCCAGCUAACCGCCGUGCUAUUGGACUUGCUUUUUGCAUUUGCAUGGGCAACAUCGGAGGUAUCAUUGGCAGCUUCAUGUAUCUUGAUAAAGAAGCUCCUACAUAUCACACUGGAUUUGGACUUUCCCUGGCCUUUGGUGCCUCUGGCGUCCUUGCGGCUCUGCUACUGGAACUGAGCUAUAUCUGGGCUAAUAAACAGAAGUCGAAGAUUCCUGAGGAGGAAGUCAGGGCGCAGUUUUCGGAAGACGAAUUGCUAAAGCUGGGUGAUAAGAGCCUGCUGUUCAAGUACACGCUCUAA